AUCAAUUUCAAAUGCAAAACAGACUUAAUAAAGAGCUUCAAGACUUGACUACAGGUAAUCCACUUGCAGGAGUGAAUAUUACACCUGAUCCUAAUAAUAGAUUAUUAUGGAUUGCUAUUGUUGCAGGACCAGAAGGCACAGCUUAUCAAGGAGGAAAGUUUAAACUCGCCAUCACCUUCCCAGAGAAUUACCCAUUCAAGGCCCCCUUCUUUUAAUUCUAAACUAAAAUCUUCCAUCCAAAUAUUAAUGAAAAGGGUGAAUUUUGCGAAGACAUGAUUGAAACAAAGGACUAAUGGCAACCAACAAAAACUGUCAAGUAGGUCUUGGAAAAAAUCUUAAACAUCCUUGGACAAGUCAAUACUGAUUAAUCACUCAACAAUUAAGCAAUGGAGAUGUAUAAAAGUGACAAGAAUAAAUUUGAAGAGUUUGUUAGAUCAGAAACAAAGAAGCACGCCUCAUGAAUUAUCAUUAGUAUUAUUCAUUGUAAAACAUUAAUCUAAGACACUCAUUUAAA